AUGAGCAAGGCGAAGAAGGCCGACACUUCUUCCGACGAAGACCUGGUGGAUCCGCUGGAGACGCUGCGAGCUGAGUGCCGUGCCAAUGACAAGUGCGUCGCCUUCAGCCACAAGCUGGACGAGUGCAACGAGCGCGUCGGCAGUCGCUCACAGACGUUCGAGACGUGCGUUGAGGAACUGUUCGAUUUCCUGCACUGCGUUGACCACUGUGCUUCCAAGAACGUCUUCAAGAAGCUCAAGUAGCUAAC